AUGGACGAGAAGCGUGAGCACAUCGUCUUCUUUCACCCGGACCUGGGAAUUGGCGGAGCCGAGCGGCUCGUCAUCGACGCUGCAGUAGGAUUGCAAACUCGUGGACACAAAGUCACUAUAUUCACAUCCCACCGCGACCCCGACCACUGUUUCGAUGAAGCGCGUGAUGGAACCCUUGACGUUCGCGUGCGCGGCGCCACGCUCAUCCCGCAAACCUUCCUCGGACGCUUCGCUAUCCUGUGCGCCAUCUUGCGACAGGUACACCUCGUCCUGCAGAUUGCCCUGUUCUCCGAAGAGCUCGCAAAGCUUACGCCCACGUCCUUCUUCGUCGACCAACUCAGCGCCGGUAUCCCUCUGCUGCGCCUGCUGCAGCCUCGGCCGCGAGUCAUAUUCUACUGCCAUUUUCCUGACAAGCUGCUCGCCAAGAAGGGCAGCCCUCUCAAGUCGUUGUACCGGAUACCCUUUGAUUGGCUAGAAAGUUGGAGCACAGGAUGCAGCGACACCAUAGUUGUCAACAGCAAAUUCACCAAGAGCGUCUUUGCCGGAGCUUUCCCUGGCUUGCAACAUCGAAAGCCUGGGGUGAUAUACCCAUGUGUUGAUACGAGCGAAGGUAGCCACCUCGACGAGACCACUCCCCUGUGGAAGGAUAAGAAGGUGCUCCUGAGCAUUAACAGGUUCGAGAAGAAGAAGGACGUGGCUUUGGCAGUGAAGGCAUUUGCAGGUUUGUCACCCGCCGAACGCCGGGAUGCGCGUCUUGUCGUUGCAGGUGGAUAUGAUCCGCGAGUGGCAGAGAAUGUGUCCACCUACAACGAACUUUGCGAUCUGGCCGAUUCUUUACAUCUGGCGCACGCGACUGCGAAGAAUGUCGUCACUGCGCAAGCUAUACCUGACGAAAUCCCCGUCAUCUUCUUGCACUCGGUGCCGAACGCCUUGAAGUCUACUCUUCUUUCAACAUCUCGCCUCCUGGUGUAUACGCCUCGCAACGAACACUUUGGCAUUGUUCCGUUGGAGGCGAUGCUUGCCGGCACUCCAGUUCUCGCUGCAAACGAAGGCGGGCCGACGGAGACAGUUAUAAGUGGACAAACAGGUUGGCUCAGAGACGUGAGCAACGUCAACGACUGGACAGAGGUAAUGCGCGUCGCAUUGGAAGAUGGAGAAGGCGAACAGAGACUAAAGGAGAUGGGCAAGUGGGGCAAGGAACGUGUUAUUGCUGAAUUUUCGAAAGAGAAGAUGGCUGAGAGGCUUGAGGUGGAGAUCAACGACACGCUGAAGAAGCAGGAACGUCCACAGCUGGUGUCAUACGCCGCAAUGUUGAUCUUGAUUGGCCUAAUGGGUGUCCUUGUGGCUGCAAGUCUUUGGCUGGCAGCACAGAAGGACUCGUAG